AUGGCCACUCUUAAUAAGCUACCCUUAGCUGGUUUAAAACCCCUUUGGUACUUAAUCACUGUAUUUUGUUACUUUAAGCUGUGUUUUGCCGUUAAUCGCAAGCACUUAAACUUGUCGACCGCUGCCACCCAUUGGGACCCUGCCGGUGCUACUUGGUAUGGCAGCCCUGACGGUGCGGGAAGUGACGGCGGGUCUUGUGGGUAUGGAAAUUUGGUGUCACAGCCUCCAUUCUCUUCUAUGAUUACUGGGAUAGGCCCUUCUCUGUACAAAUCAGGCAAGGAAUGCGGAGCUUGUUAUCAGGUAAAAUGUACCAAACAUGCAUCUUGUUCCGGCAGACCAGUGAGGGUGGUCAUCACGGACUUUUGCCCCGGAGGACCUUGUGCAUCGGAGCCGGCACAUUUCGACCUGAGUGGAACUGCAUUUGGUGCCAUGGCAAGUCCUGGCCAACAAGAGAAACUACGCGAUGCCGGAGUGUUACAAAUUCAGUUUGCACGUGUGGCAUGUGACUAUUCAGGAAAAACCAUCGCAUUCCACGUGGACCAGGGCUCAAACUCAAACUAUUUUGCUGCUGUGAUUGAAUUUGAGGAGGGAGAUGGUGAUCUUGCUGGUGUUGAGUUGAAGGAGGCUUCCUCAUCGGACGGUGGUGAUGAAUGGCGUGCCAUGCAACAAUCAUGGGGUGCAGUGUGGAAACUUGAUGCAGGCCCAGAAUUGCAUCCUCCAUUGUCAAUAAGGUUGACAUCUCAGUAUUCAGGCCAAACUUUGCUGGCCAAAGAUGUAAUUCCAGUUGGGUGGAAACCUGGUGCCACCUAUAGAUCCUUGGUCAAUUAUCUAUGA